AUGGGCGUCCGAGCUGGCAUCGUCGUCUGCGUCACCAGCUUCUUGUUGGGCGCCCUAUUCACCCACUGGAUAGCAGACUCCUUAACACUGUGGAAGUCGCCUGUGACCGACGAACAUCUCUGGACCGCUGCCUCAUACUACUCAAUUUUGGCUAAAGGUCCUUCAGAGAUCCUGUAUUUCUUAUCCGCUAUCGUCAUUCUAGGGGGAACCACCAUUCUGUGGAGCCUGAACGAUGGUGAAGCUGGAAACCUUAUGUUCGAUGGAGGGAGCAUCUUUCUUUUUGGUACAGCCAUUGCCAUGUAUCUGCACUCCGUUCUCCCCAGCCUAUUCGCAAAAUUCAGUUCGCUCCCAGCGCAUCAGUUGAAGGAUCCCUUCCCGCGCGCAUUGAGGCACGCUACACUUGAGCUAGCCUCCAACAACCUCAUCUGCAGUGUCGCCCUUACAGGUGUCCUCGCCCUUCAGGCUGGGCGGUUCUGGGCAGAAAGCGCUGACGAUGGCGAUGAUGACUACGUGGUCGUCGAGUCUGAGGAACAAAAGGAAGCCCAAUCGAGAGCCAAAACGCCAGAAGCCCCAGAAGAACAGUUGGUUCAAAGCUAA